UCCUGGCGUGACCUCCGCGGCGAGGCGUGCGCCGGGCGGGAGCCGGGGCAGCGGGAGAGGUUUAUGUGCUGGGAGCGGGGCCGGGCCGGGCGGCUGCAGCGGCGGCGGGCGGGCCGGCCUGGGCACCAUGGGUGUGAUAGGUGUGCAGUUGGUGGUUACCAUGGUAAUGGCCAGUGUCAUACAGAAGAUCAUACCUCACUAUUCUCUUGCUCGUUGGCUUCUCUGUAGUGGCAGUUUACGGUGGUAUCAGCAUCCUACUGAAGAAGAACUACGGAUUCUUGCAGGAAAACAAAGAGGAAAGAGCAAAAAAGAUAGAAAAUAUAAUGGUCAUAUUGAAAACAAACCCUUAACCAUUCCAAAAGACAUUGAUCUUCAUCUGGAAACAAAAUCUGUGACUGAAAGGGACACUAUUGCGUUGCAUUACUUUCCGGAAUAUCAAUGGUUGGUGGAUUUCACCGUUGCAGCUACGAUUGUGUAUGUGGUGACGGAAGCCUAUUACAGUAUUGUGAAGCCCUCACAAGAAAUGAAUAUCAGCAUCGUCUGGUGCCUGCUUGUCUUGGCUUUUGCAGUUAAGGUGCUGUUUUCAUUGACUACCCAUUACUUCAAAGUAGAGGAUGGAGGUGAAAGAUCAGUCUGUGUCACCUUUGGUUUCUUCUUCUUCGUGAAAGCGAUGGCAAUUCUCAUUGUGACAGAAAACUAUCUGGAGUUUGGACUGGAAUCGGGAUUCUCGAAUUUCUCAGAAAGUGCUAUGAUGUUUCUUGAAAAGCAGGGUUUGGAAUCCCAGGGUCCUGUGUCUAAACUAACCUUCAAAUUGUUCCUGGCUGUUCUGUGUUCACUUAUUGGUGCUUUUUUGACAUUCCCUGGCUUGCGACUGGCUCAAAUGCAUCUGGAUGCUCUGAAUUUAGCAACAGAAAAAAUAACACAAACAUUGCUACAUAUAAACUUCUUGGCACCUUUAUUUAUGGUUCUGCUAUGGGUAAAACCAAUCACUAAGGACUACAUUAUGAACCCACCUUUGGGCAAAGACAGCAUCCCUUUGAUGUCAGAAGAUACAUUUGACACUGUGAGGCUGUGGAUUAUAAUCCUGUUGUGUGCUUUACGGUUGGCUAUGAUGCGUCGUCAUUUACAGGCUUAUCUGAAUUUAGCCCAGAAAAGUGUGGAUCAGAUGAAAAAGGAAGCUGGCAGAAUAAGUAUGGUUGAUUUACAAAAAAUGGUGGCUCGAGUAUUUUAUUAUCUCUGUGUAAUUGCACUGCAGUAUGUUGCACCGUUGGUAAUGCUCCUUCACACAACUCUGCUCCUGAAAACACUAGGCAAUUAUUCUUGGGGCAUCUACCCGGAACUGAAUUCUGACACUCCAGUAGAAAACAGUCUGCUUCCCAGUUCGGUUUAUUCUGAGUCUCCACCUGCUGAUGGAAAGAUGAAAGUAACUGUAGUACAAAUAACAAUGGCUUUGGGAAGCCUGAAGAAUAUUUUCACUCCUCUCCUGUUCCGGGGACUGCUGUCUUUCCUAACGUGGUGGAUUGCUGCUUGCCUCUUUUCCACAAGCCUUUUUGGGCUCUUCUAUCACCAGUACCUGACUGUGGCGUGAACAGGUCAACUGACAAAGCAAUUGUAAGGUCAAAUACUAAAUACAAACCCAGGUACCCAAGGGAAGAUGAAAAGAAGAAAACUAUAAACAAAGAGCAAACAUAUCAGAAUAUUUUUUAAACACUUCCUCUGUGUUCUCAGGGUGAAUAUUCUUAUAAUGUUUAAAAUCGCAACUGGGCUUGUUAUUUUUUGUUGUCCAAAUGGUAGGUAACUAAUUGAAUUAUAGUAUCGGGACUGACUGGCGUUAUUGUGUGGCAGGUGUUGGUGACAGUGCUGGAAAGAUGUGACCUCUGGGUACCUUGGUUUCCAUAAACAGCAAGCCAACCUCAAACCUUUGUGUUCUAAGCAUCGACAGUCAGUGACUGAACUGUGUUGGAAAGGGUACUGGUUAUAGUGAUGGUGGCUGCCUAUCAAUUAAAUCUUGAAACUGAGCCAUACAGUGAAAGGAGAUAGGGGAUUUAAAAACAUUCUGUUGGAUGGCUAUUGAUCACUUUUCUCUGUGAAAAAUGAAAUAAUCCAACAGGACAAAAGAGAUACUGUAUAUUACAGUAAGGGAAGUUGUAUAAAAUUUAAAUUUAACAAGAGUAGAUGUAUGGACCUGACAGGUAUUGCUGCCUAAAUAUUUUGCAGGAAUGCUUGUGCAGAAAGAGGAGAGUUAUAAAAAAAAUACAUUAUUUCUGUCCCUGCAGUCAUUUUGAAGUGCUGGCCAUCUGUAUUGGUGCUAAUGUUGAUCCACAGAUUCCAUUUGGAUCUUUACAAUUUCUUCUUUUCAGGUAAUAGAUAAAUUCCAUUGAAUUCACAAAAUAAUGGAGUAGAUUUGUGACACCCAUCAAACAUUACAAAACGAAACAGUUUAAUCCUGCUGACUGAGAGUGUAUGUAUCUGUGUAAUGUACAUAUAAAUAUAUAUUAUAUAUUAAAUAUAUAAUAUAUAUGAAGUUAUAAAGUAUGGAAACUUUAUUUUAAAUUUCUGAAUGUAUCUUACAGGGCCGUGGGAGAGGGAUGUACAUGUAUCUAAUAAUUUCGAGAUCCCUUUGGAAAUGAAAAUUAAAUUGCUUUUGAAAGUUCAGUUGAAAGGGCUAUUUGUUUUUGGUGCCUCUUCAAAGGUACUUAGCUGUACUAGAGAACUUUUAUUCUUUUGGAAGAAAAGAUCUACCUAAACUGUUAAUCUUCAAAUUUCUGCUCUGUCAGAUCAUCAUAUUUUGUCACUGUAAUCUGUGUUAACUUGGCCAUAUAGUCACAACUAAUAUCUCUUGGAUUCAGAAAGAUAUUUUCUGUAUAACAAAACAGCUAUAGUAAGGAGGAACAAAACAUUAACCUUACUUUUGCUUAACUAAGGGGAUAGAUUUCAAGUAUAAAAACAUGGCAAAACAAAGUAUAAUGGCAGUUUUUCGGAUGUUUUGUGUAUUGGCAAAACAGGAAUGGGAAUUUAUAUAAAGUAGCAUUUUUCAAAAGUUAAUAUUACACUUUGCAGAGGUCAGUGGGGUUUUUUAAUUAAUACUAGCUGGUUUUUAUGUUUCUGUUCUUUUUUUCUUGAAUUUGUGGAUGGCUUUGGCAUAUAAUAAGCAUUUAUAAAUGGAGAAGCUUAACUAAAUAUUUAAUAGGUAGCAAACUUACUAUAUGGGAAAGCAAACUGUCAACAAAUGCAGAGUAUCAAGGAUUUAAGCUGGUGAUAAACUGUCUUACUGUGUCUAAUGCCUUUUAAGUUAUUUAUUAGUUUAUUAAAAUGCAUUUACUGAUACUAGGGAAAGUUUUAUGUGCACCAGCUGGUACCCACUGCGUGUUUUGGAUGUCUGAGAACACUUUGCAUGAUGCUGCUGGUUUCAUUGCAGUGUGGUAUUUCAGUCCUACUGGUCCCGCAAGCUUUGUGUUUUGACGCUGUUUUAUAACUAACGGGGACAAAGGCUCAGCUGUGUGAAUUGGCCUAAAGGAAAAUAUUUGACUUCAUGGAUUCAGAUCUUGAAACAUUCCUAGGAAAUGUAUUUCAGAUUAUUAGAAUGACAAAACAUGACAGGUCCAACAAUACUGGACCCACUUUCUAUUAGUUCAAGAUGUAUUAUUACUAAUAGAGUUACUAGGGCCAGCUUUUAAGUUAUAGUUAGGUAUCCAGUGUUAAUGUUUUAUUCAGGAAAAUAAAACGAUAUCAUCUGGUGUGAUUCUGAUGGUAGCCCUGGCUGAAGAAGCUCACUGUGUAGGAGAGAGAACCUGUUACUGCAAUGUGAAGGGUAGGAAUAAACUUUGGAUACUGGAGAAGACUUAAAAAUAAUGUCACAGAGUUUCUGUUGGCAUAGAUAUUCUGAAAGCUCAUAAGUAAAAGCAAACUGCAGCGCUAUAAUAUUGCAUUCAGCAAAGGUAUUUGAUUGUGCACGUAGCUGAGCUUCACAGAGCUUUUGGUAGGAGCUCACACUGUCUUAUUCUUCAGACAUCACACUGAUCACAGUGGAAAAUAAGCACCCAGAUGCUGCUAAUCUUAAGAUCAACGCUUGUGGCCGUUGCUGUUUCAUUUUUCUGCAGAACUCAGUGGUUGAUCAGUGGUCAGCAGCCUGAUCUGAGUGGGAGAUGGUCUUUCUUUGGAUCCAUUAGAUCCUUAUGUGAGCCUAGGAGGCUUAUUAAAAACCAAAAUAUAGCAAUAAACGCCUUUGAAAUUUGAGGUGGCAGUGAAACUGUAGGGCGUGUAUUGCUGUGGUUGUGAGCGGUUCUUCCUACAACGACUCAAAAGUAACUUUUAAAGUAAAAUAGAAACCCCGAUAGUCCUGGCUUCCAUAAGUUAAUGUCUUAGGUAAGCUUCAGAGGAGUGUCUGCUAAUUUCUUUAUUAAGUACCUUUAAAACAGCAGCUGGGAAAUGCCUUUUUCUUUUUUCCAUGGAGUCCAUUAUCAGCACCUGGGGGAGAACAGGAGAAUGCAUCUUACAGGAAUGGAAAACCAAGUAAAAGGUGAUGGAGGGGUUAGUAGUUGUUAUUCAGGAUUCUUAAACACUUAAUUUCUGAGAGAUUUUAGAAGGACAGGUGCCUUUGAGAACAAAUGUAUGUUUCUUUCUUCCCUCCUCAGUUCACAUCUCCCUUUCCCACUCCAGUAACGUGACUUGUUAGCUUAUCUCCUUUUUCCUGUACACAGCUUUUCCCCUACGUUCGCUGCACAGGAUUGAUUGAGGUAAAUUAGUUCAGGAUUAUAUUUUGAAUUUUGUUGUCUUGGUUUAAAUUAAUCUAUUUUUGAAGGAUCAGUUCCUUUAAAAUGGUUCAAAUAACUUUGGAUCCCAGCUGAAAUAUGAAAAAACUUGUGAAUGGUUGUUUAAACACUGCACUUUUAUUAUGGGAAUCUCUUCCGGGGCUGUCAAACUCAUUUUCACUGGGGCCACACCAGCCUCAUGGUUGCUUCAAAGGGACAAAUGUAAUUUUAGGAAAUGAAAAGGAAUUUUAGGAAGUGAAAAUGAGUUUGAUAUCCCUGCUUUAGACGAAGUAUUAAGACAGUGAUAAGUCCAGGUCUUCCAGCAAGAAGCCCAAGCAUAAAACUUGGGCUAUUUCUCAACUUAGAGAAGUUGAUCAGGAAAAGGAGAAUGGAUUAUAUAUAACAAGCCUAUUCUUCCACUUUUCACUUCUCCUCUUUUGGUAUUUGCUGAAGAUACAGGAUUUGCCAGGUUUUGAGGUAUUUUUAGCUGCAUAGUUUUUCCUCUUCCAGAACUCUCUUGCUUAAGAGUCAACAGAUAAAGUAAUGGGGCAAAACCAGGUAGAAUCAGUACAAGAGAACAUGCCUGGUACAGAAGGACGCGCUUUAGAAAGUUCAUUUCCAUGGCAGUUGUUCUUCACCCUCUUUGAGUCACAAAUACUUGAGAUCUGUGACGAGAGAUAUGUGAUUACCUGGGUUGUAAAGUCAAGCUCACCUGUGAACGAAAAUGCCACCAAGAUACACGAACGUAACAAUUAGGUACAGUGUAUAAAAUUGUUAAUGACUGAAAAAGAUGUCAACUAACCUUGAACUAUUAAAGGUUUUGUAUUUUGUCACUCCAGCUAAAUGCUAAUACAAGUCUCGGAUUUACCACAUAGAAAAUUAAAUUUAUUUAGUCAUAAAGCUGUUGGGAGGCCAUACAAGGUAAAAGGCCUUAUGCCUCGUUAUUUUCACAGGCCUCUGUUUUACUUUUGAGCACAGCUUUUUCUCCAGGGAAGGUUUUUGAACAGUUUUAUAAAUGCGAUACUUCACGUUUUGUCGUAUGGCACAAGCUGCACAUGUAUUUGUUAGCCACAAAAAUUGUAGAUGUAACCCCACUGUUCAUUUUGUCACUAUGAAGUUACUAGAACAUUUUAGUUAGGAUUUAAGAGUUUAGCACGUGGUAAAAAUGGAAACAUUGAUUGGAAACGAGGCCAAAGAAAGUUGCGUGUUCUCUUGGAGAAAUCUUUAAAUGAUGGCUGAGCAAAAUCUUAGGGGAAUGCAACAGCACGUCACUUUAUAUCCUAAACGAAGUAUUAAAUGCAAACGUUUACCAUUAUGACUGUUAUUUUCAGCAUCUGCAGCCUAAAUCCCAAAUGGUAAACUAAGAACAAUAUUUUAACCUCUCUGAUUCUUACUCUAAAGAGCAUCUAGGCAACAAGUAUCAAAACCAAAUACCGGUUCUAGUUAAGCGAGCUGGCACGGUCAGUCCGUGCUUUGGAGUGAUUUUGUGUGUAUGUGUGCAACUCGGUGGCUCCUGCAGCACAUGGGCUGAAAUGAACGUGGUGUCUCCUGUCCCAACACGAGACCGAAGGGUUUUCCUCCUCCCUGGGUGAGAUCGUGAGGCCAAGACGUUAUUUCAAGGCUGCUUUUGCCCAGAUCUGUGUAUGCUGCACUUUUUCAGGUCUCUCACUGUGGGCUGCCGGCAGAGUGAUGCUGCACCGGACAUAGUUCUGCAUGCCAGUGUGCAUGUAUUUUUAUAACUUAGGUGUCAACGGUGUUUUUAACGGAAAUUAUUUUAAAUCCUGAUACCACGGGUCAUCUUUUCAUUUUCUUAAUUACUAUCAGUGCCUGCGAGUAGAAGUCAAAUACUUCUAUGCUAAUUUUCUUUUUAAAACUUGAUGUCCAGACUAAAUAUUAACAAGUAUGCCGUUUUAUCUUGAUGUGUGAAAUUCACCAAACUUUUUCCAUAUGUGGUCGAGCAUCAGUCAGUCCGUAUUGGGAUUUGCAGCAUUUCUCUCAGCAGCGUGCUAUCCAUAUGACUCUGCUAUUUAUAAAGCAAGCAAACACCUCAGUAGGGUUUUGAGCAUAGCUUUUCACUAGUUCCUUAGUAGUAGGCCAUUUCUAUUUAUUUUAUGAUGCUGCUAGGUAUUUUCUAAAACCUGGCUUAAAAUAUCUUGUGUGUAAAGUCAACCUCGUUCGCUUUUCCUCUGUUCAUUGUAACUCUGCUUCCCGUGUAUGUUCUGAGCUUCAAGAAUGCGUAUUUAUAGUUUUGAUAAAAACCUAGGACAAAGAAAAAACGCACCAAAAAUCUUAUUUCAUAACUACAGCUCACGAUGUGCCAACGAACAGUUCUUAUGUUUCGUGUCUUCAAUCAUUCCUUUGUCCCGUUGUUAACAAUCUUGCACAUUUUGAAUAUGUAACGUUUUCUAGGAAGAAUGUGGGGAUAUGCUCUGUAAUAGCAAUCACGGGAAACUUUGUCUAAUGUUUCAGUCUUCCCAUUUAUGUGAGCAAAUAUUAAUGUAAAGAUGCUAUUAAAUAAUUUAAGCCUAAAAUUUCUCGUAAGGUAGACUUGUUAUAAAUUGCACAGGGAACAUGCUCCAAGUUGUAAAUAUUUUAAGUAUGUCUCUUUGUUGCUGGGAACAGAUAAAUUCAGUAUUGUUGUUCUGUUAA